UUUUAUUUUCUUCAUUUUCAUUUUUUGAAAUUACUGUUUAUUUUCAAGUUUUUGGUAUAUUCUUUUGAAAAAAUUCAUUUUAUUUUAUUUUCUUCAUUUUCAUUUUUUGAAAUUACUGUUUAUUUCGUUUUAUACAAAUGACAUUUCAGUCAUUUCCAAUCUCGGCCUCUUAUCUUUUCCUGUUUAGUUUUUAUCCAAUUCACGAACAAGGCCAAUUCCACCACCAAAUGGCGGCCACCGCAAACUCAAACCUCGCUCUCUUCUCCGCCUCAUCCUCCACCACCGCUGCCACUCUCCGCCGCGUCGUCACCGUGCGCUGCGGUCCGCGCGACAACCGGGGCCCGCUCCUCAAAGGCCGAAUCCUCAGCACCGAAGCAAUCCAAGCAAUCCAAUCCCUAAAACGCGCCUACCGGUCCGACCCGGAUAAUCUCCCCACGCACGCCCUCCGCCGCCUCAUCAAAUCCGACCUCACCGCCGCGCUGAAGGAGCUCCUCCGCCAGGACCAGUGCGCCGUCGCCGCCGCGGUCUUCUCCGUCAUCCAGUCCGAGUACGGCGCCGACCUCAACGCGUACUCCGAGAUGGUGGUGGCGCUGGCGCGGAAGGGGUUGACGGCGGAGAUCGACGCGCUGGUCGAUCGGAUGGAGGAGGAGGCGCCGGCGGGGAUCGUAUGCGGCGAGAGCAGGGGGCUGCUGAGGCUGGUGAAGGCGUUGAUCGGCGCGGAGAGGAAGGAAUCGACGGUCAGGAUUUACGGGAUGAUGAAGAGGAGCGGGUUGUGGUCCACGUGGGAGAUGGAUGAGUAUUUGGGGAGGGUUUUGAGCAAAGGGCUGAGGAGAUUUGGGGAGGGAGAAUUGGCCGAUGAGGUUGAUUCGGAAUUAGCCAGGUUGUACAAGGGUAUUUUCGUCAAAUCAUGAGUUGAGAUUAGAAGCAUUUAUCUUAGCCAAUUUUUUUCUUCUCCGUCCCUUUUAUUCAAGUAAAGUAAUAUUUUCCCAAAAAAAGUACAGUAAUUCUUUAUUGGAAAUGAGAAGUGUUUAUCUUA